UUUGGGUGGUAUCCCAGCUGAACCGGACACCCCUACCUUAUCCUAUAUAUAAGAAGGAUAACACCCUAAGCUAUGAUUUUGGUACAGAAAAAUCUCAUCUCCUUCGGAACCCUAUUUUUUCAUCGAAACCUACUCAAGCUAUUCAAAUGGGGCGAAGACCUGCGAGAUGUUAUCGUCAGAUUAAGAACAAGCCAUACCCAAAAUCACGAUAUUGUCGUGGUGUUCCUGAUCCUAAGAUUAGGAUCUAUGAUGUUGGUAUGAAGAAGAAGGGAGUAGAUGAGUUCCCUUUCUGUGUCCAUUUGGUGAGUUGGGAGAAGGAAAAUGUCUCAAGUGAGGCUCUUGAGGCUGCACGUAUUGCAUGCAACAAAUACAUGACCAAGCAUGCUGGAAAAGAUGCCUUCCAUUUGAGAGUUAGGGUUCACCCGUUCCAUGUUCUCCGAAUUAACAAGAUGCUUUCUUGUGCUGGUGCUGAUAGACUCCAGACUGGUAUGAGGGGUGCUUUUGGAAAGCCGCUUGGUACUUGUGCACGUGUGAGCAUUGGUCAGGUCCUCCUGUCUGUUCGCUGCAAGGAUGGCCACGGUAAAAGUGCACAAGAGGCCCUUCGUCGUGCCAAGUUCAAGUUCCCUGGUCGUCAAAAGAUCAUUGUCAGCAGGAAGUGGGGAUUCACCAAGUUCAGCCGCACUGACUAUGUGCAAUGGAAGGCAGAGAAUAGAAUUAUGGCUGAUGGUGUCAACGCAAAGCUUCUUGGAUGCCAUGGACGUUUGUCAAAUCGCAAACCUGGAAGAGCUUUUUUGACAGCAGUAGUUUAAGAACCUUUAGGUAGUCAGUUGAAAAAGAAUGUACCCGUCUGCUGUACUUUCUUUAGACAUCCUCAUGCUCUUUAUUAUCCAGAUAGAGUGAGUUCAAAUCCAAACUUGUUAGUCUUUUCGUUUUCGGUCUUGCCUUUUGUGAUGAGGAUGGAUCUUAUAAAGAAAAUCAUCAAGUUGCAGAAUCAACAUUUUAACUCAUGCUUGUCUCUUUUUGUUGGCAUUAGGUUUUCAUGUUCUUUUUUAAUAAUCUUUGAUUACUGUUAGCAUGAAGAUUUAGUUUCUUCAA